CCACCUCGUUGAGGACGCGGAGGAGGAAGAGGAAAGGAGGUACGUGAGACGCACGUGGACGACUGGCACCGCGACGAGGGCCGGCGGCGCGACAGGUUGAAAAGAUGCUGGCACUGGCGAUGCGCCGCGAACACACGACCGGGCGCAGCAAUUACGAGCCCGCGAAUCCGCUCGCGGGUUUCGAGCACUUGCAGCACAACACCGGCGCCGGGAACCCGUUCGCGGUGGUACCUUCGUCGUCGUCGUCGGAGGGAAGGCUGCGUGAAACCGGCCCGGAGCCCGACGGCGAGCUACAAGAAUUCGUAGACAUCGCUCAGGUGCAACAGCUACUGCAACAGCAGCAGCAACAGCAGCAGCAGCAACAACAACAGCAACAACACCAGCAACAGCACCAACAUCACCAUCAUCAGCAACAGGUGGCCGCGGCAGCGGCUGCGUCCUGCAUAUGGGGAGCGGUUUAUCCGCCGCCGCCGCCCGCGCUCGGAUACCAUCAUCAUCAUCACCAUCAUCAUCCGCCGCCACCACCCUCAGGCGAGGACACGCAGUGCGGUACAAGCGAGGAGGUAGCCGCUGCUAACCAAGGAGGCGAUCAGCUCCAGAGGAUGACGAUGGACGGCAUGGAAGUGGUGGGCUCGCAGCCCCACGCGGCCACCAGCCCGUUUCUUCUCUCACCACCACCCCUUGGACAUCAUCAUCACCAUCAUCCCCAUGCAACCUUCAAUCUACAAACGGUGCAGCUCAGUUUCGACGCGUGUCUACCGUACAACGCGGCGACAUCAUCCAAUUCGAUCGUCUGCGGCGUCGGUGGUACGUCGACGCCGGCCGCUACCACCUGCACCGCAUCCACGAGUUGCAACAACAAGGCGAUACCGACACUCUCGUUGGCCACUUGCGCGCCGUUGCAAGCCCAACAUCAGAACAGCAACGAUUCCACCGAUCAUCAUGUCAGGCAGCAGCAACAGCAGCAGCAACAACAACAGCAGCAACAGCAACAUCAACAACAUCAUCAUCAUCAUCACCAUCAUCAUCAAAGAUUGGACGACCAUCAACACCACCGGCACGUCGAAGCUUCUUCGCCGGCCAGUGACUCUACCGAUGGAAAGAGGCGUCUACAGGCUGGUAACGAGGAGAAGGACUGCUCGAGGGAGUGCAGGGACGAUCUCCAGGAGCCAAACGAGAAGGAUAAACCAGGUGACCUAAACACGCCGGUUACCACCAGCAGCGAUUUACCGUCCUUCUUCGGCCCCUCCGCGCUCGUCGAGCCACCUCCUAUUUCAGGCAGCCUGGCAGGUGAGGACCUAUCCCUGGAAGAGGCGACAGCAGAGGACGAUGAAACGGCCACCUCAACCAGGGAUCACCGGCACCAUCAUCACCAGGAUUCACAGGACACGACGCCUGGCGCUCCUCCAUCCACUAGUCCGCCGCGUCAUCAUCAAACCCAAGAGGACGCUGAUCGUUGCAACGUUCUGCAAGGCGGAGUGAUCCUCUACUCUCCCCAUUCGACGUCCUCGGUGUCUUCUGUACCAGCCUCCAGUGUGAACAUCUGCAACGUUCCAACGUUAACGUAUCGCGGUGUAUUCACCACCACCUGUACCCAAUCCUCACCUCUGAACACCCUCCAGAAUCAACAGCAACAACCUCAGCAGCAGCAGCAACAGCAACAACAGUCGGCUAACCAAGAACUCUGGGGUCCGUUAGCCUCUCCAACCCUGACCUUGACAGGUCAACCGUUCCUCCACCCCAGUCUACACUCAGCCCCGUACGGCGGCGAGACCGUCGAACUUCUGCCCGUCGAAUCGAAGCCACCCCCGCCACCAGGUUACCAUGACACGCCGACUACCACCCCGGCAACGUGGCUGACUGCGCACGAGGACCCUUACGACCCGAAUCUCCUGUCCCAUCAUCACCCACAUCACCAUCAUCAAGAGACCACGUUGAAACAGGAACCUACAGGGACAAGUGGCUAUGGACCGACGGUUCAACAACAGCAGCAGCAACAACAACAACAACCACAACCCAGCCAACAGCAGCAGCAGCAACAACAACAACAACAACAACAACAACAACCACCGUCGGCAGGUACAACUGGUGUACAGCUAGCUGAAUACAAUCCAAGCACGUCUAAGGGACAUGAAAUCCUGUCGCAAGUUUACCAGCAGAGCGCUCUACCGCUCAGGCUGGUCCCGGUGAAGCCACGGAAAUACCCGAAUCGACCGAGUAAAACGCCUGUUCACGAACGACCGUACGCUUGCCCCGUAGACGGCUGCGACCGCAGGUUCUCGCGUAGCGACGAGCUCACGCGACACAUUCGCAUCCAUACCGGCCAGAAACCGUUCCAGUGUCGCAUCUGUAUGCGCUCGUUCUCCAGGAGCGAUCAUCUAACCACCCAUGUGAGGACGCACACCGGCGAGAAGCCGUUCUGUUGCGAUCAGUGCGGCAGGAAAUUUGCGAGAAGCGACGAGAAGAAGAGACACGCGAAGGUACAUCUGAAGCAGAGGUUGAAGCGAGAAGCGACGCACGCCUCGGCGAGGAAUCAUCCACAGAGUCAUGCUUCUCCGCCCUGCAAUCAGUAGAAAAGUGAGAGGUUGUUCUAGAAAUUUGCAGUGUUCGCGAAAGAGAGAAAAAAGAAGAGAAAAGAAAUGCAUACGGCGAUUCACGCGUGGAUCGUGUGUAAAACAGCGUCGAUUUCCACGCGCAUUCCUUCGACCUUGCCAAUCAUGCUAGCACACCGUCGCAGAUUUGAAGCAUCGUCAGGCGACGGGCAAACGACGGAGACCUUUAGGCGGAACUGAAACACACA